CUUUCAGGUUUUGAUUUUAUAUCCAAAUAUCAAUUAGAUAAUGUAUUACGACAGCCUGGUGUGAAAAAAGUCCCCGGCUCCAAUGAAUUCCAAGUAGCUUAUAGAAUUAGUAAAAAAGCCAAUUUAAGAAUUAGAACAGAUCAAUUAUUUCCAAAAGGUCUACCAGACCGGUUUUCAUUUGUCAGCACAUUUCGCAUGCCAGGGAAAACAAGGCGAGAAAAAUGGAAUUUAGUACAAAUAAAAGAUACAAGAGGACAGCCGCAAUUUGGAGUCCGUCUUGACGGUGAAACAAAAACUAUAGAUUUUUAUUAUAUAAAUUAUGAAGGAAGAGUAACCAAUUUAAAAUUUAGUCAAAAUGUUAAACAAUUAUUUACUAGAGAUUGGCAUAAAAUACAUUUUAGUGUAGGGCGAGAAUAUAUAGAAUUAUAUUUAGAUUGUCAACCUAUAGCAUCUAAACCUAUCGUACCAUGGCGACCUAUUGAUGUUAAUGGUGAAAUGGUGUUGGGUACAAAAGAUUCUACUGGAGAAACGGUACCUUUUGAUCUCCAAUGGUUGGUGUUACACUGUGAUCCUUCCAAACCAGAACGAGAAACCUGUGAUGAGUUACCUCCCCCUUCAGGCUCAAUGGGACCUCGAGGUAUUCCAGGAGAACCGGGUAUACCUGGUAAUCCAGGUUCAAGAGGUGAAAGAGGAUCACAAGGACCUCGUGGAGCUGAUGGUAUUGAUGGUGAGCGAGGUAUACCAGGAUUACCAGGUCGCCCAGGAGAACCAGGGGCGAAGGUCAGUAUCCACAAUCAUAAAUCGUAUAUUUUCAUCUGUUGA